AUGUCGUCCUCUACUCGAUCUAGCUACCGAUCGCGGAAGCGUACCAAGACGUUUACCGGCUGCUGGACAUGUCGCGCCCGCAAGAUCAAGUGCGACGAGGGAAGACCGCAUUGUCGUCAAUGUCGCGAGAAGCGUGUGACGUGCGAAGGCUAUGAUGCCCGUCUUCAGUGGCUGACGCCGGAUACGUGCGGUAAAUCUAGUCUUCGCUCUGAGAUUCCGUGCGAGUCUUCCCUGACGCAAUCUCUUAGGCGUCACAUACCUGCUGAGCCCCCAAAGUCGGUAUUGGCUUGGAGCCAGGUGGAGGGUAUUCUCCGCUUUAUCGACUCCCUUGAGGCUGAUCUGGGGUCUGAUGGUGGGGAAAAUGUGUGCGCAUCUCUCCAAAAUUUUGGUGUCUUCAGCGUGAAGCAGUCUCAGUCUCCUGAACCGGCCCCUGAGGCCCAUGGCCUGACUGACCUGCAGCCGGAGCCAGUUGCUCACCAGAGUGAUGAUGGUGAUCUGGACAUGGGCGCAGAAGCCAUUCCGAACUUUUUCUUUGACAACUUUGCUUCCCCUUCAUACUCGGAGACAGCUGCCGCAUGGGACUUGUGUAACCUCUACGAUCACCAGUCCUCGUUGGCCUUGGAGAAUCAACCCCAGGAAGAUCCUCCAGCCCAACACAAAUCCCCUCCUACCAUCUCGAACCACUGUCACGAACCUCCUGCACCCGCGACUGAAGAUCUUAUUGUCCGACAUGAGUUACAAACAACCAAGGCCGACAAACUCUGCAAGGCCUCGACGCCGGACGAGACAUGGCGCCUUGACUACAACGAGCUUCUUCAUUGCCUUGAACCCUACAUUGUACCUGGUCAAGAACGAUUCUUGAUGGACCAUUACCGCAACCGAGUUGUCAACCUCUUUUGCGUCAUCGACAACGGCAAAAGCCCCUGGAAGACGAUACAUCUGCCUCGAGUCCUACAAUGCGUUGGUGAGCUGAGCUUUGGUGGUUCGACGACGAGGAUUCGGAACGCUCUACGAAAUGCUCUCCUGUCUAUCAGUGCCUUUUACUUGUCCAAUGAUCAUAAAACUUCUGAACGAGAGGAUGAAGCUAAGAGAUGGGGCAAUGUUGCUUCGCGAUAUCGUUGCGAUGCCAUCGGACUACUCAAGCAGGCCGUCGAGUCGGAUCUAUAUGGUGGGGAGCGACCAAGGUACAAGGAGUUUCUUGCUACAAUGUUGUCCAUGAUCACUAUCAAUGUCAUGUCUGGAGACACAGACACUUGCAGCGUGCAUCUCGACGGCGCUGAGCAACUCAUCAACCACAUGAGCAUACGCAAGUUCAAGUUCUCUCGAAAGGCUCGAGCCUUGCAUCGAAUUUAUCUAUACUUGCGUGUUCUCUACGAGAGCACGGCCCCCAGAACAAGAACUGGAACAGCAUCUCGCUUCUCGCCCUCCCUUAGCUCGCACAGAGCAAUGGGUCCACAUCCCACGAGCCUACCGCAGCGUCUUUUCCUCGAGUCGGAUGAUUCACCGUCUUCCAUGAUGCCGAUGGAAGUGAGCUCCACUAUUACCCAGGAACCGAUGGCUGAGAUGGCGGCGUACGAGUGCAUCUAUGGCAUACCCCAAAGCUUGUUGCUGCUUCUCAAGGAUGCAAUCGAGAUCAUUGACAUGGUGGAUAUGGAGCGUAAAAAGACUGAGAGCACGACAAUAUCUGAGCCACUGGGAAGUUUAUGCGAUAAACUUGAGAACGAUAUACUUGAUUGGCCUCUGGAGGAGCGCCUCGCUUGGUGUCAAGAGGCUAACAAGGGGAUGAGCGCCGAAAUCAUCCAUCACCAGACUCGAGCAUUCCACAACGCCUUGAUCAUUUACUUUUCGCAAAACGUUCGACUUCUUGGAUACCGAUACCUCCGACAGUACGUCCACACGAUCCUCGACAGCAUUGAAGCCAUUGAGAAGAUCAAGGCCGAGACCAAGAUCCUAGCGGCGCCACUCUUCUGGCCUGCUUUCAUCGGGGCUACUGAGGCUUUUGAGCCAUCUCUACAGGAGAGGUUCAGACAAUGGUACAACAACGUUUCGGUUUAUGGCAUUGAGGCUGUGAGGACUGGGAUUCAGGUUGUGCAUGAGGUCUGGCGACGAGGGCCGGCCACGAAUAGACGGGUGAAGAGCUCUUGGAGGAGUAUUGUCGAGAGCAAUGGGGACAGCCUGAUGCUGACUUGA